AGAAGACAAUAGCAUGUCGAUAUCACAGACAUUCACAGCCUCACCUUUAACCUCCCCCUCUUCCCAUCACCUUCAACCCCUCUUAGCGCCUCCAUGCAGAACCGACGUCAGUCGAUCUAUACCAUCCGCCUCAUGAUCGCAUUCUAUAGGGGGUUUUUUUUCCCCAACUCCCACACAAUCAACAUCCACAACAAAAUCAAACAACACACACAUUUACAACACAACACAACGCCCGCAAUCCAACAAAUGUGCAUCCUCUACAACACCCAGUACAUCUGCAACCACUCCCGCCCAAUCGAGCUCUUCCCCUGCGGCGAGCAGACCGGCACCUUCGCGUGCAUGAACGGGAUCGAGAUCAAGAUGCUGAAGGCGCCUCGCAAGAAGGGGAAGUGUGUUGAGUGUCGGAAGAAGGAUGCUAAGGAUUGGAGAGAGGGGAAAGUCGAUCUGGGUGUUUGGGGAUGGGAUGUUGUUCGUGAGAAGACGGCGGUGAAGAAGGAAGAGGAGGAGGAGAUGGUGGUUGUGAAGAAGAAGGAAGAGGAAGAGCUGGUUGGAGAGGUGAAGGCGAUGGAGGAGGGUGUGAAGAGGAAGAGGAAGUUGAGGAUUAAGAGACCGGUUGUGCCUGGCUGUCUUGAUGUGUCGGCUCGUCUUUGA